AUGAGCGAAGGGGUCUCCUCUCCUCCGGGUGCCGCAGCUGGUGCCGAGGAGGGGGCGGCGGCCGGAGCCGGGGGUCCCGCGGGCGGCGGCGGCGAUGGGGGCGCCGACCCGGCGGCCCGCGAGGUGCGCUGCAGCGACUGCAUCGUGUGGAACCGGCAGCAGACGUGGCUGUGCGUGGUGCCCCUCUUCAUCGGCUUCGUGGGCUUGGGGCUCAGCCUGAUGCUGCUCAAGUGGAUCGUGGUGGGCUCCGUCAAGGAGUACGUGCCCACCGAGCUGAUGGAUUCCAAAGGCAUCGAGCAGGACCCCUUCUUCCUCUCCAAGCAGCCCACCACGCCGCCCAAAAGCGUGGACACCACCACCACCAGCACGGCCACUACCACCACGUCGAGGACACCCAAUCGGAUAAGUACCCGCCUCACCACCAUGACCAAGGCGCCCACCCGCUUCCCGGGCACCCGGGGCCCGAUCCGCGCCGGCCUGCCGAGAUCCACCACGGCGCGCCACACGGUCGCGCCCCCGACCGUCCUUGCCACCACCACCACCGCUGUCCCUUUCAGCACCACCAUCCUGAUUUCCCGCCCUGCGCCUGGCACCCCUGGGACCCAGCCUCUGCCCAUCUGGCCCACUGCGGCAUACACUACCUCCUCCUACAAGACCUAUCUUCAGGACUCUGCUCCGUCCUGGACCUUAUCCCCCUUCCAAGAGGCCAGCACCACCACCACGCCAGAGGCCAACACCAGCCCCAAAUACCGUAAGUGA